CGUAGAUUGAAUUUGCAAUCAUGGUUAAAACUAUUAUAAACAUACCGGUUUUCUGUAUCUUGCCCCAAAGAUUAAACUCCAAUCCCUCAAAUCACCUUAUGUCAGACUUCAGACUCCCCCUGACUUAUAUGGUAUACACUUAAUAACAAUUGACAGCUGUGCUGGCUUCUGACACCGUUUUUAUCAAGAGAAAAGUCAAUAUAUGAGUCCAAAAUCUAAUAGAAGCCCAAUGGUCAUAACACUAAGUUAUCACAAUUUGUCUGAUAGCUUUAAUAGUCACUCAAUGUAUUUAAUAAUAUUGUUUAUUAUUUUCAGAGAUUCCAAUGCAUCAUUCCCAGAUGCUGUCAAAUUUCCUGAGCAGUUUAAAACUUGGGCCAGUCUUGUUGGUAGAAACCCUGAAACAUCUGAUUUUGAAUAUUAUAAGAUGAAGUGAAUUUGUGAUAUACACUUUUCUGACAGACACAGAAAUUGUAAUCAACAGCUAAGCACAUUGGCAGUUUCGAUGCUUCAUCUGCCUGGACAAGUUCAGAGUCAAGUAAUCUUAGGACAAGCUUCAUCCACACUACAUUUACUGCCUAAAAUAAUACAGCAAGACUGUCAGGAGCCGUAUGUGAGCAACCUUAUUUUAGAAAAAGCAUCAACUACAACAACAUUCCAACCUAUGGUUGCAGAUGCAUCUCAACAAUUUGCGUCAGCAAUAUGCUUGAUGCUGGAACAUAAUUAUAGUGUUAUUAGCAAGCCUAAAAGAACAGCUGGAAAAGAUCUAAUGGCUCCACAACGCACAAAGAUCAAGCAUCUUCAAGCAGAAAUAUCGCGCUUGCGAAAAAAAAGGACAAUCUUCAAGCAAGGUUAAUAGGUGCUGAAGAUUUGUCAAGUAGCAAUGUGUUUCAACAUUUUGCUAUGAAAUUUAAGAAACCAGCUAAAUUAUUUUUAAGUAUGCAGUUGCAAGCAUCAAAAAAACCCAAAAAUGAUAGAAAUAACAAUGAUUAUAUAAAAGCAAUAUUUUGCUACAUUAAAACAAUAAUAAAAAAUGGUUAUGUUAUCCAAAUCAAGACUAAGAAAAUUGCUUCCAUGACAUUCAAAAUAUAAUAACUGGGAACUUAAAAACAGAUAUACCCAAAAAAAAUAUAAAAAAGCAUAUUAUAUAAAUAGCAGAUGUGAUGGUAGAUUAUCCUUUUAAUUGUAUAACACAUAAAGUUGAAACAAUAUUUUAAUAACACAACUAUAAAUGUUAUUUUGUAUAGUUGGUGCAGAUCGAUCAAUCGAAUUUUGUCAGGAAAAUUAACAUAUGUGGGUGAAGACGAAACAAAAACAGC